CCUCUGCGCAACGCGCCAGAAUCGCAUCGGCAUACGGCUCUUUGUAGAUCCUCUGAGGCUUGCCUGUCACGUUUACCACAUUACAUUUUUUCCACCAAUCUACCCAUCCAUCCGCAUCCAUACCCUCUUCCCGAGGGCGUGAGGGAGGACAAGGAUGGCUACAGGCGAUUCUGCCGCCUCAGCGGCCAAAGCGCUCUCUGUCGACGAACAAUUAGAGCAGCUCAACACGGCUCGCAAGGUGGUUCUUGAGAAUCCGGCCUACUACGACCGCAUCGUCAGGGGCGUGCUACCGAUCAUUGGCCCUACGGCGCCGCUCAAGCUUCGGAGAUGGGGUGCCGAGUUCUUGGCCGAGUCGUUGUCCACGCCUGUGUUGAAGAUGGGCGAAAAGGAGAGCCUGGUGGUGUCGGUACUGGAUACGCUGCGGGCGCUGCUUGACAACCCGAGCGAGGAUGCCCUGGUGCUCAAGGCUAGUAUCGUUGCUGCCGCCAGCGCGUAUCCCGUUGCUCUGAGGUGGAUGGUCCACAAUUCGUAUCACACGGAGAGCUGGGAGCAAAUGUCGGCCAUCAAGUCUAGGAUACUGAAUAUCUGGGACGGUGCUCCGGCUCCUGUUCGACUCAGUUGCAUCAAGUUCGCCCAAAGAGUUGUGCUUGCGCAGACAUCAUCAAAUGGAACGGAGCAAAAGUACAACGGACUCGAUAUCUCCCUUAACAUGAUACCGCCGAACCACCCCGUAUUAGAUCCUAGGCAACUCGAGGCAGAGGCUACUGGCCUCCUCGAUAGGAUGCUGGGCGUGCUGCAUGACAAUAGCGGUGAUGCCCUAGUUGUAGAUGCGACCCUCAACUGCCUUUCGAUCCUAAUCCGAACCCGUCCAAACACGUCUGGACGGAUCAUCAACUCGGUUCUCAACUUCAAUCCCCUGAAACUGGCCAACUCCCCCAUGACACCAAAGACGAAGGUCAUUGUGAAAUCGAUGGAGAAGACCACCCGCAUGUUUAUGACCCAUCUUCUUAAGCGGGAUCCCAACAAUCCAAUGUCGGGACGUAUCCAGCAGUAUAUCGAAAAACUGGUGCGAUCAAGGGCCGAAAUCUUCGAUGAAGCAGGCCGCAAGAGGGCACUCGCUGAUCAAACCGCCGCUGCUUAUGGCGACGCCAAGAGGGUUAGAGUUGACGGCGGAACUCAACCCCUUGCAGUCCCGCCCUUGGGGCCAGGGCCGCAUAGCCUUGCUGAUAUAUUCACCCUGACCAGUAACCCUGGUCUGCAAAGCUUUGAUGUUACGCAAGUGCCCGCUGAUCUUGCCGCCAAGAUUACUGUCAGGACAUUGGCUACCUUGGACCAGCAGAUUUUAGAUCUGGCAGUUGGCGGUAUCCGGGAUCGACUUACCUCCCUCUACGCUGCUGCGGCCGCAGCGGCCGCAGCACAGCAGCCCGCAGUGAUCAACGCAGCCACUGCGCCGCUCGGAGUCGAUGAAGAAGACGACGACUACGAGCCAGAUUUCAGCGCAGCCGAGGACACCGAGCAGAUUCUCAACAAGCUUGACAAUGCGCCCCCCGAAGAGCCGAUAGAGCCGGCCGCAGAAACGGGCACGGCCCUUGCUCUAGGGCCAUUCAAGCUUCCGUCUCCGCCUCCAAUCGACCCCGAAGAGGCUGCCAAGUUCAGCCAAGUAGCAGCCGCUCGAGUCUUUGGGCCGCUAGCUACGCUCGAAGAGGGUAGCGCGCUGCGGAAGCAUAAAGCCGGCAUCAAUCGCCUGGCUGCGAGCUCGUACGACCGCGAUUCCUGGCUCACGUUGAUCACCCGCCUCGCCACCCGCAGCACGGCCGGCCUGGAAGAUGCAACCAGCAGCAUCAAGUCCGAAGACAGCGCCACAGCCAUUGACCGGCCGCGCAUGUCCCUCGGCAACGCCAUUCGCGAGAUGCUCUACAACUACAUACUCGAAGACUGGCGACGGCGCAUAGAGGUAGCCGUCGCCUGGCUCUGUGAGGAGUGGUACAACGACCAGAUGACCAAGAAAAGCGGGAUCGACGCGCCGCUGCACUACGAGAAGUGCGCCCUACGGCUGGUGGACGGGUUCCUGAACUACAUCACCGGGCAGGAUAAGGUGCUGACGAGGUUUCUGGCCGAGAUUCCGGAGCUGAACAGGGCGCUGCUGGGGAGGCUUAAGGUGCUCUGCGCGGACCCCGCGACGGUGCAGCUGGCGCUAACAAGCUUGCUGUAUCUCGUCAUGAUGCGCCCCCCGGUGAGGGAGAUGGCCCUGGAUACUGUGGCGGCAAUAUGGACUGAGUACGAGGAUGCGCGCCCCUUGGCUGCCAAAUACCUCGUCAAGUGGCGACCUGGGUGGAUUGAGUCGCAGACUCGUGGUGGGGAUACGGCACCUGCGAGUAAUAUGACGGUCACGACAUGAAGGGAGAGCAAAGGCGGGACGAAGACGAAGCAUCGCCUUGAGGGAAAUACACAACCCUUGUUGUAUUUUACUUAGAUACCACGGGGCAGUAUUCUGUCGGGCCCCAGGUUACGGUCACAGACAUAAAGAUCUGAUUGGCGUGUUUUGGGCUACCUAUGUUGCAUCAAUGGUAUACACGGUUCUGCGUCGGUGCGUUGAAUGAGUGCACGACUCACCGUGGGUACGUAGUCACUAGUGUACGAUAUA